UUGGAUAUAUUUUCGUAAUGAACGACCAAAAUUAUCGAUGAGCGAUGGCCGUUGGCUCAUCGGUGAUAAUAGCGUGGCACCAGCAUCUCGCACCCGCGUCCACGACGCGGGGUGGAACGAAUAAAAAGAAGUGAGCCCGUCGAAAGAAGAGAAGAGAACAGGAGGUGAGAACGAGGGCAACGUUGUUGGAGGGCGAGGAGGAAAGGACGAGCAGUGCUGCUAAGUCGAAUGUCGAGUGAUGCCAAAGUUAAAUAUAAAUGCGGGCCGCGAGAGAGAGAGAGAAAGAGAAAGAGAGAGCGUCGCGACGCCCAUCCUGGAUCGAUGAUCCAGCGCCGGGACCAGUCUCUCUGUGGUUCGCGACGCGAGAUCCGGCAUAGAAAUUGUCCUCUCUUCCUUUCUUUUUUCUCUUUUCUUUCACUACUACCUCGAUCUAUAAUCAAUAUCGAUCAAAUUUCUCGCUCGAUGAUCAGUCCUCGACCGCGAAUUUCGUAGUGAAUCCGCAACGAUCGCGGAGCAACAAAGUGUGUUUUUCAGAGUAGAAUUUAAUUUCAAUUAAUGAAAAUCGAUCGGCCAUUAAGAUCGUCAGUUGAAACGUAUCAAGAAUUCCCUGGAUUUGCCGCGAUGCUAGCCUAUAAACGAGGCGACGCGGCGAGCAGUUGAAGUGAUCUGAAAUGUCGCAACAGCAUCCGUCGAGGCCACCCGGAGGAGGUCAUGUGCCUCCGGGUAGCUGGUCAGGACGAUCUAAUGCACCAAGGGCGCCGAGUCCCUUCAGGCCCGCUUCGCCAUAUACACCUUCGUCAUCGCCGUAUCCGCAAGGACGAAUCCGCGGGCCUCCGACUCCGGUCCAUCCAGCUCAUCCUAUGUCACCACUUGUCUAUCCCGGAAUAAUGAUGCAUCCGAUGAGCCCGGUGCCGAUCGGAAUGCCAAUCUCACCCGGGAUGUCGCCCGUCUUCGGCUAUCCGACUUCUGGUUACAUCCAGUGCCCAAGGCCACGGUGGCCUUCGCCGAUUCCUACGGGUAGUCAUCAAGUGCCAAGGCCAUUCAUACCGACGCAGAGCGCUUCUUUCAGAAGCGAUUCGGCAUCACCGGUACCAUGCGCCCCACCGGAAUAUCUCCUAGCACCCUACAGACCAGGGGAUUACGAGUAUAUUGGCGUACCCUUAGACCAUACGCAGACGGACGAGGAAAGUAGCGGUCCCAGCACAGCCGAGAUCAUCGCCAGUCAAAGUCAAGAUUACGUGGACGAAAAACUCGCCGAGUACCAAGCUACCAUUCAACAGUUGCAGGACGAACAAGAACGCGUGCAGAAGAAAACCUUCAUAAAUUGGAUCAAUUCUCAUCUAUCGAAGAGAGUUCCUCCGCUUCGUAUCGAUGACUUAAUCGAGGAUCUCAAAGACGGCACGCGUCUUCUCGCAUUACUCGAAGUUCUUUCGGGAGAGAAACUGCCUGUAGAGAGAGGCCGUAAUCUAAAGAGACCACAUUUCUUGAGUAAUGCCAAUACUGCGUUGCAAUUUUUACAAGGCAAGAAAAUCAAAUUAGUGAAUAUAAAUUCGUCUGAUUUGGUUGACGGACGACCGCCAGUAGUAUUGGGCCUAAUAUGGACUAUCAUUUUGUAUUUCCAGAUCGAGGAGAAUACUAGAGCCCUCGAGUAUCUUGGACAAACAUGGGGCAGUCAGAGCAGCCUCGAAAGCCUUGGGACUCAGGGCUCAGCGGCAAGCGAAAGGAAACGCAUCAGCAGCGAAAAGUGGAAGCAAAGUGCACGAAAAACCUUGCUUCAAUGGGUCACCAAUGCCUUGCCGAAGAACGUUGGUAUUCAAGUUCGAGACUUUGGAGAAAGUUGGAGAGACGGAAAUGCUUUCUUAGCCAUUAUCGAUGCCAUAAAGGCCAAUUUAGUAAACAUAGCAGCUAUGAGAGAAGCAUCGAACAAAGCUCGAUUAGAAACAGCCUUUCAGGUUGCCGAGAUCGAACUAGGUAUUGCUCGAUUGUUAGACCCUGAGGACGUGGACGUACCGCAACCCGACGAAAAAUCGAUUAUGACAUACGUUGCCCAAUUUUUGCACAAAUAUCCAGAACCAGGGAACACAGCUCCUGAUUCUUUCGCGGCUAUACAAGAAGAAUACGACGGUCUUCUUAAAUGGCUAAAUGAGAGAGUCAGGCAUCUCGAACAACUUGAUAGAACAAACGCCUAUCCACAAAGUUACCCGGAAUAUACGCUGUUUAGAGCAGAGACCGAUGAGAAAUCAAUUAUAUAUAAAAAGAUGCAAAGUUUGGUCGAUACACCUAGUAUGAUAAGUAUCACACGAGAUUCUUGGAGACAUAUACAAAUGUUGUGGCAACAAAUGGAACUCUUUAUGCUGCAUUGGCUUUGGUUACUAGAUUCAAUGUUACCGGGAGAAUUAGGAGAAGUCGGUAGAUGGUUAGCAAGAGCUGAAGCUCUCUUAUAUUCAGACAAUAAUAUACCACAAGAAAUGUCAGAAAGCACGGCGAACAUAAUCUCGAAUAAGUUGGAAGAUCAUAAAAAAUUUUUCCUCGAUUUACCGACAAUGACGGAGAAAUUUCAACACGCUAAGAACUCGCCGUUGGCGCGACAAGUUCGGCCUGAACAAUUAGAUAACAUGUCCGCGCGCUUCGAUAGUUUGUCCGAUCGUGCGGCUAAGAGAAGGGUGAAAUUAAAGUUCUUAGAACACAAAUGUUGUUUGAUCGCUUUCCUAUAUCUCGUCGAGACCAAAUUGAAAGGCUGGAACAUCAAAUAUGGCACGGAGGAGAAAGUGGAUCAGAUGUUGGAGCAGUAUCGCAACUUUGUUUCCCGAAAUAGAAUAUUCCAGGAAUUUCAAAAGGCUUACUUGGAUAUGCAGCAAGUCGCAGAAGAAUACAAGCGUGACGUCGAUAUUGAUCGAGAAGAGAGUCUCAACAUUGAUCGCUUUAUGCGCGAGACGGCUGAAAAAUGGAAAAAUGUGUCGAUGGAUUUGCGCUGCGUCCAGAGCAUGCUCGAAGAAGUUGUCGCAUAUUGGCGUCGUUGGACCAUUGUCUCGGAUGAAUUCGAAGCAUGGCUACUUCGUGCUGAACCUGUCCUGAAUCUCCCAGAGGAGGAAAGAAUGGAAUUCUUUCAAGAUAUCAGUGUAUGGAAGGACAAGCAUCAACAAUUGUCGGACACUGUAAGCUUCCUAAUUGCCACAUCCGACGAAUCGGUAGCAUUUCGUUUGAAGGAGCGUUACGCGAAUCUGACAACGAGAUGGGAACAGCUCUUCCAAGAGGCCAAACAGUAUAUGCACGCGGGUGAUCUCAUUCGGACGAGAAAGGAUUACAAGGCGGGAGUAGAGACUUUGCAGAAUUGGUUAAGAGAUGCCGAGGUUGCUUUAUCGACGACCGGAUUAAGCUCCACCGAACGGAUCAAAGCUUACGGAGAGAAACUGCAGACUCUUCACAAUGAAGUCGAGGACAUUGAAAAUCUCUUUAAAAAUAUCAGUAAAAAAUUCCAGACUCUUAUCCAAGAUUUGUCCCGCGACGAAGUCGAUAAGAUGAUGAACACUCUAAAGAAAGAAAAAGAAACUCUUGUUAAGGUACGCGCUUUGAUACCGAUGCAAUUGCACUUGUAUCAUCAAUUAUUGGUACAACAAGAAUCUCUAGAAGCAGGGCAGAAAGAGAUAUCUACGUGGCUAGAUGAAGCCGAAAGUUUUUUGACCAAUAUCAAUCUCGCGGGUGGUAGAGACGUUGCCUUGGCUCAACUAGAUCGUCAUAAAGCCUUCUUCUCGAGAACACUCUACUAUAAAUCUAUGCUGGAAUCUAAGAAUAAAGUAUUUGCUAACAUCGUCAAGGCUGUGGAUAGUCAUGCCGACGUAGAGACUGCUGAAGGUGGAGCUACCUUAAGAGAACUCAAUGAUCGAUUUAUCAAAGUCUCUCAAGCGGCGCAAGUCUGGGAACAACGUUUGCAAGAGUCUGUGCGCCGUUGGACGAAAUUUAAAGAGUGCGAGCGACAAAUCUCUGAAUGGCUUUCGAUUGCGGAAACAAUGAUCAACGAAAAGCACAUCGAUAAUCGUCAAUCCGUCGAAUAUCACAAAAACUUUUUCGGCAAAGUCAAUGAAAAGUGGAUACAGGAUCUCGUGAAGGCCGGCCAAGAUCUUCGGAAUGUAUUACCAGUUGAUCAACAACUUCCCGUCAUAAAAACGGUAGAGAAUCUUCAGAAUCGCUGGAGAGAAAUACUCACCUUUGCGCCACUUCAUUUAAUGAAGCUCGAGUUCCGCCUAGACGAGACUAGCUUCCUUCAAUAUCUCAAAGAAAUCGAGAUGGAAAUUAGUUCUGAGCAGCAAGCGCUUAUUAACAAUGACGAUGUGGAUGGUAUUCAACAGCGCAAUAAAGAAUUUUUCGUAAACCGCGGCACCGUUCUCGAAGUCGAGCGUUGUCUACAGACCUUGAAAAAGAUCAGUGAUGCUCACAACAAACUCAAGCCAAAAGAUACUAGCUUGGUUGAUGCCGCGCAAAACGCCGAACGUUUGUGGGAAGAAACCGCACAAAAAGUCGAGAACUUAAGGGAACAAUUGCGAGAAAUUCCACAACAGUGGGCAACUUAUAGACAGAAGUUUGAUGAGAUGGUGCAUUGGAUGGAUCAUGUUGACAGUACGUUGAGAACCAUUUUACAUGAAGUCAAUACUUUAGAAGAAUUCGAGAAAGAGAAGACUAUAUUUCAGAAAAUCUGUCGCGAAGCUGAUAAUAAGCGUGAAGAAAUGAAAUGGCUGGUUCAAACUCUCGACAACUUGACAUUGAAUCGUUCAGAUCGCGAUGCACUCACGGCGCAGCAAAAUUUGGAGCAACUGAUAACUCGAUAUAAGAACUUAAUUCCAACGAUUGAAAUUACAAUGACGAAGACAGAUAUCUAUUCGAAAAGUUACACUUAUCGCAAAGAGGUACGCGAAGUAUGCACUUUGUUGCGCAAAGUUCGCGAACAAUCAAAAGUCGAAGUCGCGCCUGAGGUUCCUGAAAAAUUACAAAACGCGGUGACUCAUCAGGAAUCCCGUCUUAAUCAAUUAGAGCAACAGCGAGCAACCAUUGUCAGUAUGUUACAACGCGGUAAAGAUCUUCUGAAAGAUCAACACGCUCCACCUUUCGUCUCUUCCGAGGUUCAGCAAUUGGAAGCUAACUGGAACGAUACAUAUGGUCAAAGUAUGGAGAUAUUAAAGUCUUUGAAGGAAUCACAGAAACUCUGGAACACUUAUCAAGAACAAAAGAAUGAAAUUUUGAGAUUGAUCGAGCAAGCUGAGAAAGAAUUGCGUCAAAUUGAAUUAGCAUCUUAUUACGAUGCCGCUCAAGUAUCCUCUGACCUGCAGAAGAAACAGGAAUUCAAUACAAAUUUGAGAAAAUCAGCCGAAGAAAUAAUAAGGAAAUUGCGCGAAACAUAUACUAAUCUUUCUCAAACAUCCGCACCACCAAGCAAACAAGAAAUUUUAGAAAAGGAAGUAACGGAAACUGAACAGAAAAUAGAACACACGUUAAAGAUCGUACGCGAAAAAGUUGUUUAUCUUCAGGAACAUAGCACUCGAUGGAAUAAAUUUCAAUCAAAGCUCGUGGAGCUCCGAUCUUGGGUUCAGCAAGCUGCGCCUCAAUCAGUUGCAAACAUAGAAGAUUCUACAGCAUCACCUGAGGAAAGAGUUCGUAAAACAGAAAAUCUACAAAAAGAAAUCAAGGAAAAGGUAUUGAUUUUAAACGCAUUAGAAGACGAAUCCCGGAAACUUAUAACAGAAGACAGUGAUGAUAUACCAGCAAAAAAACUCCGUGGCGACAUUGAGAAUCUUCACAAGGCAGUUGAAUCAUUGAAUAAGAGCAUAGUAACGCAACGUGAAUUGGCUACACAAAAUCUUGCAACAUGGAGAGAGUACGAAGAAGGCAUUCUGAAGAUAAAACCUUGGAUUGAACAAGCGGAGUCGAAGGCAGCUACGAUGGGUAGCAAGCCUACUACUUUGGCUCAAGCCACGCAAAUGUUAGAAUCGGCCAAGACUUUUCAAGUUCAAUGUCAACAACAUCUUCCAAAGGUCCAGAGUUUGUCAACGAUUAGUCAGCAAAUAACUGGAAGAACAGUGGCACCUGAUGAAGUCGACGCUGUAUACACGCGGUGGAACGCAGUUCAUGACGUGGCGGUACAAACGACGACCAAACUGGACAAAUUAGUUUCAUCAUGGAACACUUUCGAAUCAGAAGCGAAAGAAUUCAACGAAUGGUUGCAGAAUAGUGAAAGGGCAGCUCUCAAAGAACCCAAUGUUCAAACACCCGAAGCCGUAAAGUUGGAAAAGGAAUUGGCACAUUUAAAGGAAUUUAAUAAGAGCAUAUCUGAUCAUCAGGCUCAACUAAUAUCACUGACUCAAGUUUCCGAUCAUAUUAGCCAUGGUUUAUCGCUAGACGGCGCCUCCGCAUUGAAAGGUCGCGUUGCUGAAAUGAAGACUAGAGUAAGCAAACUCGCGGACACAGUUCGACAUUACAUUAAUCGCGUCUCUGAUUCGUUGUUAGCUAGACAGGAAUUCCAGAUGAAGAUCACCGAUUUCGAAAACUGGAUGACAAGAUUAAGAUCUAAUAUCAAUGAGAUCGGAGACGUGAAUAUAGACAAUGUUGAUACUAAUUUGCAAACAAUGCAUGCUUAUCUUCAAGAACAUUCGGAAAAACAACCGGCAUUUACAGCGAUUUAUAACGAAGUAAAACAACUGUCAUCGCGAAGUUCUAUGUUGGAAGUCGCUGCAUUGGAUGAAACUUACACGUCAUUAGCGAAAAAAUACAAAGCGCUCGAAGAUGACUUAAGAGAAAAGAAAAAAGGCUUAGAAAAGUGGAUCGAACUUUUGAGCUGGCAUAAUGACGCCAAUGCGCAAUUGAAUCAUUGUAAAUAUGAAUCUGAAGCCAGAAAACCAACUAUCGCUGAUCUCGAUAGACUUUCUUCGGAACUUCAAAUUGUACAUACAAAGAUCAAUACUUGGAAGGAACUUGUCCCGUUAAUGGAUAGCACUCUGGGAAUACAUGUUCGUGACAAGCAAGAGAGACCAGUUACUGCAACUUCUUUACUGAAUGAUCUUGAAUCCAAGGCCACAACUUUGAAGACAGAAUUAUCUGCUAAAAGAGACAAGUUGGAGAAUCUCGAUGUUAAAUGGGAUAACUUUAGAAAAUUGCAACAAAAAAUUACGGAAGAAAUUGUCAACACUCAGACGAGCCUGCAAAACAUCACAUAUACUGUUGAUACUUGCGAAAAACUCACACCGGCAAUCGAGAAGAUAGAUGAUUUAAUCGAGGAUCAUCAGAGACGAGAACCGGAAAAAGAAAGCCUUCAUCGAGAAGGUGACAACUUGAUGAAGGAGGAUCAACGAGCGAUAACUAACAUUCAGGUAGUGGUUUCUUCAGUGGAUGGAAACUGGGAAAAGGUCAAUGAACUUCUGCGUGAGCAGAGAAGGAAAUAUACUGAAAUGGAUGUCGACUGGAAACAGUAUCAGGAAGCCAAGGAGAAGUUGAACAAGUUUAUCGACGAAGCGAAGAACCUUUGUCAGUCGGUCAAAGAUGUGUCAACUGAUAUCACCCAGGCAAACGUUGCUCUGGAAAAACACAAGAGAGCUUCAGAGAUUUUGAAGAAGGGUAAACAAUUUCUGGACAAAAUGGACAGUAAGGCGCAACAACUAGCGAAAGAGACAUCGUUAAUGCCGAACUUCAAGACAAGUCUAAUCGAAUCGGAUUUAUCCAAUGUACGAAAAAAAUAUCACGAGAUUAAUGCUAAGGUGAUCGAUCGAACUCAAGCGUACGAAACACAGGUUAUCAUCUGGAAGCAGAUCGAAGAAGCAAAAUACGAACUUACGAAGUGGCUCAGCGACACGAAUGAAGCGCUCACCAUGGCUUGUGAUCGUUUACUCGAUGCUGAGAACGGACAAGCGUUAUUGAUUAAAUAUCGCGAGGAAUUGCCAGUAUAUCAACAACUUCGUCAAGGUAUCGCCACGAAAAGCGAACAACUCGUCAAAUUGAACGACGACGCGAGUAUACCAACUUUGAAAUCCCUUAAUGAUUUAUUGGACGAUCAAUUUAAGGUUGUUAAACAGGCCGCAAAUAAGCUCGCAUCGUUCACCUCAACUUUCAACGAAAAAGAAAAAGGUAUCAGGCAGGAAUUGAAGAAAUGCAGUGAUACGAUAUCAAAGAUUCGCGAAGAGAUAAUCAAGUGCGAUGAUUUAACUGGCGAGAAUACUAAGAUUUUGCAUAGAAUCAAUAAAUGUCAAGAAUUGAAGACCGAAUUGGAGAAGUGCGAUUAUACACUUUCAGAACUUGACGAAAAAUUAACAGAUAUGGUAUCAGAAUAUCCAACUAUAUCGAAGUCCAGCUUACCAAAAGAACUGCAAGCGUUGCAACUCCGUAAAGACGGCGUAGCCAGUCAUGCUGACAAAGUUAACGCAACGUUGGUAGCCUUCUUGACAAAACUCUAUCACGAAAAGUUUGGCGCUCUGCAACGCUUAGUAGCAACUCACAAGGAAAAAGUAGCCUGGUGCGAACCCGAACAGAGCAGUGAUCGUUACAAUCUCGAGGUAAAGAUGACCUCGUUGAUCGAUGUGGAAGACGGUAUUGCUGAUUGCGAGACUCGAAAAGCGGAUACAGAUAAUUCAUUGACACUUCUAAGCACUGUCGAGAGCAGUGAGACCAUUUCUGCUCUUAGAGACGAACGCGACAAAGUUACUGCCGACUUGGAGUCCUUGAAAGUCAGUUACCGCAAAAUCAAAUCCGUGCUGCAAGAAAAUAUCGCUUUAUGGCAACGAUACGAAUUUACAUCAGAAAACGUAAUUUCCUGGCUCAAAGAGAACGAGAAUAAAAUCAGAAUGGAAGCCACGAUGCUUUUAAAUCCAAAUGAGAUUGACGCAAAGAUUGCCGAAAUAACACAACUUAAGGGAAAGAUCGAGAAUUAUGAAAACGAAAUGAAGGAUCUGAUCGCACUCGGAGAGGAGAUAACUAAAGUUAGUCCAGAAUCUCGCGUGGCUCAAUACGUCGGACAUUUGAAUACACGUUAUCAUUCGGUGCUUAAAUUUUUGGUUCAACAUUUAGACAGACUCAGAGAACUCAAACAAAUUAAAGGCCAAUAUGCUACUAAUGUAAAGGAGCUGGAAUCGUGGUUAGUAAACGCGGAGCAGAAAUUGAAAACUUUUGACGAGAUCAGCGGACCGAAACCAAUGACCUUCUAUCAAUCUCGCUUGAAAGAAUUAAAAGCGUUUGGGGAGGAACGUGAAACUGGACAAACAAUUUUGAAUCGAACAGCGGAAGCGGGUGAAACACUUUUCGCGAGAAUAACACCAGAUCACAGAGAACUCAUCAGAGGUGAGCUAAGAAAUUUGCGCAAUCGCGUGGAAGCCUUGGCCGAUCGUACAAACGUGAUUUAUAAGAAAAUCGAGAGCGACAUGAUGCAUCGAUCUUCGUUUGAAGACAAGUAUUCCCAAGUAAAGCAGUGGUUAGUUGAGGCACGGAAGAAAUUAGGUGACAAGCAAGAUCUGCUACCGUCGCUUCAAGAAAAGAAACUCGCCUUGCAUUUGUAUAAAGCUAUUGCACAAGAUGUAGGAGUUCAUCGAAAUAUCCUGGAACAACUUCAGGACAGGCUCGGAGCGGCACCAGACGACGAGGCUAGCGAGAUGCUCAAUAGCGUGAUUGAAGCGCAUGAAAAGCUAUCGGAAGACGUAGAUGAUAGAAUCGGUAUAAUGGAAAAGUACGUUGCAAAUCACGAGGCUUAUCUUCAGACGUUCGAGAAAAUGCGAGAUUGGAUUAACACGGUGAUAAACGAAGCGGCGCCCAUCAGUGAGGAUCUCUCGAUAGAUCGAGAUGCAGCGAAAUCUAAGAUUGCUUUGAUCGAGAACGUGUUGCAACAAAAACCCGAGGGCGAUAGGAUUAUAGACGAUUGUAAUCAGCAAUUAAAUAUCAUUUUGGAGCAAACUUCAAUAUCUGGUCACCCUACGUUAUUGAGAGGUUUCGAACAGCAGAAAAAAGUUUGGGAGGAUUUCCUCCAACGAUGCGCCUCAAGCAGAGAUAAAUUAAAUCAUCUAUUCAACCAAUGGUCCGAAUUUGAAAAAGUAGUCGAGGGUCUAGAAUCUUGGCUCAAACAGAUCGAAAUGCAGGUGAAAGAUCAAAGCUUGAAGAGUACUGAAGAAACUAAACGCGCGCACUUACAGAAAUUGAAAUCCCUCGAAGAGACUAUCAUAGCAAAGGGCACGGAGUUUAACGCGGCGGUUGAGAAAAGUCAAGGCGUAGAAGCGGAAUCCGACUUGGUUACUAAAGUAUCUCGUCAAGCUACUAGGUAUCAAGCAAUCAAGAAUCAAGCAAAAGAAGUUGUAGCGAGAUACGAGCAAUAUGUAAAGGAGCACAAUCUGUUCAACGAAAAGUAUAAUCAAUUCUUGAAUUGGAUUAAUGAAGUUCAGGACGAGUUGAAGAAAUAUAGCGAGAUUGUUGGCGAUUUGGCGGUACUACAAAGCAGACAGAAGCAUAUCAGGGAUCUCGGUGAUGUUCGAACUCGCGAGAAUGCUCGUUUCGAAUCUGUCAUCGAUCUCGGUGAGAAACUUUACGUGCACACUUCACCGGAUGGUAGAGAGAUAAUCAGACAACAAUUGAGAAAUCUACGCAGCAUGUGGGACGGAUUUUCCGAAGAUUUACAAAGUUCGAUGCAGAAGUUAGAUCAAUGUCUAAUGCAGUUCGCCGAGUUUUCGUUGUCUCAAGAGCAAUUAACGGCUUGGCUGCGAAACGUCGAACGCGCAAUGCAUCAGCACACAGAACUGAAAUCAUCGCUGGAAGAAAAGCGCGCACAAUUACAAAAUCACAAGAUCAUGCAUCAGGAAAUCAUGUCACAUCAGACGUUAGUCGAAUCGGUUUGCGACAAAGCGCAACAAUUGGUUGAUCAGACGAAGGACACUUCUCUGAAUGUCUAUCUGCAAUCUAUCAAACAGCUCUUUCAGAAUAUCGUCGCCAAGUCUCGAGAUUUGUUAGAGAAUUUAGAGGAUUGUUGCGAAAAGCAUCAUCGUUUCAAUCUUCAAUGUAAAUGCUUCUCCGAUUGGUUGAAUGGAGAACGAGAGAAGCUGGCAGAAUGCAAUGAUAUAACGGGCGAACGAUCUGAAAUAUCUCGCAGAUUAACGAGCUUAACGUUAUUAAAAGAUGGCCAGGCACAGGGAGCAGAACAUCUCAACAAGUUAAAAGAAUUCAGUGAAGCUGUGGCUAAUAGCACCGCGCCGAAAGGUCGAGAAGUUAUCAACAAGGAAGUGAUUACCUUGGAAAAUAAUCUGCGCCAAUUCCUGAAUGAAAUUGAAUCCGUAGAGGAGCGACAGAAAGUAGCUUUAGAAAGAUGGCAGAACUUUGAGGAUCAACUGGAAGUUCACACAAAGUGGUUCCGUUCUAUGGAGGCGGCAUUCCGAGAUCAACAGUUGCAGCCUACGUUAAAAGAUAAAGAAGCACGACUUCGCGCGUUUAAAGAGAAACGCGAGACUAUCGCGCGGCAAGAGCGGGAGAUAGAUGAAUUUGUGGACAAAUCACAUAGUUUACUGCACGCGAGUGGUAUUGAACGCAUCAAGCCAUUAAUUUCCCAAGUCAGCAACAGAUAUCAGCUGUUGCACGUGCUCAGUAAGGAAAUAAUAAACCGUUGCCAAAGCAUCGUAGAUGAUCAUCGCGCUUAUGAAGAAAAAUUAAAGGCUAUCGAUGUUUGGCUUACGCCACUCGAAAAAAAUUUAGCUAUCUUGAAGGAAGAUGAGAUUGGUGGAGAUCUCGAAGCGAGGAACUCGCGUUUACAAGUUUUGCUAGCCGAAAAAGAGCAAGCUGAACAUCGUUUAACUAGCUUAACGUCUCUUGGUGAGAGGAUUCUUCCAGACACUUCUGCUCAAGGGCGUGAAAUAAUUAGACAUGAAUUGCGAAACGCUCGCGAAAGAUGGGAUCGUUUGGCAGAAGGCAUCACCGAGCAACAGAAAAAGCAAGACGCUCAAUCUUUACAAUGGUCUAGUUAUCAAGAGACUCUGCAACAGAUUCUAACUUGGUUAGACACGAUGGAACGUGCAGUUAAACAAGAUUCCUCGAUGGUGUGGUCCUCCUUAUCGGAAAUAAGAUCAAAACUACUCAAAUUGAAGACAUUACAUCAAGAGAUCUUGGCUCAUAAACGUCUGAUCGAAGGCAUUUCCGAAAAAGCCAACGCUUUGGUUCAAGUUACUCAAGUUCCAUCGAACGUUCAUGAAAAAGUCGUUUCAGUUUCAAAGAGAUACGAAAAGUUAGUGGAUACGUCUCAGAAAGGAAUAUCCAGCUUGGAAGCAUUACUCGAUAUUUUCCAGCAGUUCCACGAUCUUCAGAAAGCUUAUCAAGAUUAUCAGAAACGUCAAUGGGAACGUUUAGCAAAUUACAGUGACUAUACAGGAAACAAAACUGCUCUUCAAGCUAGAUUAGCUAAAGUUAUAGAGAUACAGGACAGUCAAAGCGAAGGUGAAAUAAAGCUGAAUGUCCUUGAAGAACAUGUGGUGCAGAGUGCGCAUACUUUGCCACCUCGCUCACAAGAAUCUAUGGAAAGAGAUUUAGCGAAUCUUAGAUUCGAAAAUAAGAAGUUCACUACAGCCGUAAACGACGUGGUACGUUGCAUCGAAGAAAGAAUACAACAAUGGAGUGAAUACGAAAAUUCAUUAGAACGUUUGCUUGCUUGGCUUACUGACGCCGAGACAUCAUUGAAGAACUAUUGUCUAAAAAAUACGCUUGAGGAAAAGCAGGAGCAACUUGAAAAAUAUCAAGAACUACAGAAGGUUGCCGAUUCGCGGAACACGGACGUGACAGAACUGGUUGCGCUUGGUGACCAUCUUGAACAAUCACUGAUUGUAAACCUCCGGCAAAAUGAGGCUGAAUUCGAUAAAAUGAGUGACGAUUCGUCGGAGUUGAUGCAGAUCAGUGGCGAGACUCGAUUUUCUGUUAGCGUUCAACAAGUCACGUCACGUUUCCAAUCAAUUCAGGCGACCGCCAAGGAAUUGGUAAAAAAAUGCGAACAAGCAGUAGUUGAUCACGCUAGCUAUUUAGAUCGUUAUAAACAAUGUUCCGAAUGGCUAGCGAACGCAAGAAUGCGUUAUCAGUUCUCCAAGGAAAACGUCAGUGGUGGAACUCGUCAGAAGCUGAUCUCAAAUGUGGAAACCUUAAAAGAACUUUUGGCUCGUCAGUCCUCGUCUACUCUCUUGAUAAACAGCACAGUCGAGGCUGGCGAACGAUUGUAUCCUAUGACCGGCACAGAGGGCCGAGAGAUUAUUCGUCAGCAAUUACUGGAUCUCCAGCAAGCCUUCGAAGAGCUUUUUGACGGCAUCGCUUUGACCGAACGUGAGUUACAGGCAAAGAUCUCGCGGUGGUCCGGUUUCGACGAAUGCAGCGAGGCCUUCGAGAACUGGUUGAAAAAUACAGAAGCUCAGUUGAAGCCAGAAAUCGAACUAAAAACUACUCUGGAUGAAAAACGUGCCCAAUUGCAGAUCUAUCGCACCAUCUUGCAUGAUACUCAAACGCAUCAGCAAGAUCUGCUGGAUCUCCGAGAUAAAGCAGAUAAUUUGCCCGAUCGUACCGAUAAGAUCGAUCAAACGCUGAAUAAUUUAACGAAUAGAUACAAUGUAUUAUUAAAACGCGCGACGAAAUUCGUAGAAAGGUAUGAAGGCAUAGUGAGCGAUCAUCAACAGUAUAGCAAGGCCGUUUUAGAUACGCAUGAAUGGCUGGAUGCCACGCACAAUGCCGUAAGUCUUUGGGGUGACGUAGAACUAGAGAGAGUAUCCUUGCAUACAAACUUGGAUCGCCUAAAGAAUUUAUUGCACAGUCUACCGGAAGAUAAAUCGCGAGUGCAACAAAUCAAGUCUCUGGGCGAAAAAGUAAUACCGGGUACUCUGGAAUCAGGACAGGUAAACAUCCGGUCACAGAUUGAUUCUUCGCAACAAGAAUGGGAAGGCUUGAUCUCAGCGGUUAAGUCUACUAUCGAGUCUUUGGAGAACAAGCUUCAACAAUGGAGCGAAUUCGAGAUAUCGAAAGAACGAUGUUUAGCAUGGAUGAGGGAUACUGAUACAAAGUUACAUGCCGUUGACCUCAAGUCCACUUUGGCAGAGAAAAAGACUCAGCUUGAAAAAUUACGCACCCUUCAAGGUGAAGUUCGCGCUAAAGAACUAGAAAUUGACGCCGUUGCUGAGCGAGCUCAGCAACUGCAUAAGACUGUUACUUCUCGCACUUCUUACAUAUCGGAUUUGAGCAUCAAAUAUCAACAGAUUUCUAGCAAAGUCAAAGAGCUCAAUAAUCGUUGGCAUCAGUAUGUUACCACACAUCAAGAUUUCGAUAAUCAAUUGGCAGAAUGCACCACAUGGUUAGAAGACAUAAAAAAUAAGCUGGCGUACUGCUCUGACUUAAGCGCAUCUUCGCAGAAAGAUUUGGAGCAAAAAAUGGACAUUGUACAAGAUUUAUUAUUAUAUAAAGAGGAUGGUUUUGCAAAAGUUCAGGGUAUUGUUGAACUAGCCCAGGCUGUUCUAGCAAAUACAGCUCCGGCUGGCCAUCAAACUAUUAAUGACGCUUUAGCGAAACUUCAGGAACAGUGGAGUGCCUUGGCAUCAAAGAUGCUAGAAACCAAGACAAACUUGGAUGACUCAAUAAACAAAUGGGCCGGUUUAUUGGAACAAAUACAAUCUAUCAAGAAGACGGUGGAAUACAUGCAAACAUCGAUCGAUGAGAUUUCACAGUUUCAAACAACGAUGUCGGAAAAAAGAAAUCAACUGGAGCGAAUCAAAGUGCUCGAGGAGAAGGUUCGUUGCGAGAAUAUCGAGGUUGAUAGUCUCAAAUGCAAAGUCGCUGAGAUGAUUGCGAGUGGUCAGCAAGGAUUAGCUGCCUCGCAAGCUCAAGAUAUACUGAAUAGGUUCGACGAACUUUUCGAGAAGAUUAAAUCUUUGUUGGCCGAACGAGAGGAACAGUAUAAAGACCACCGUCUUUACAAAGAAGCUCACGAUGAUCUCAUCGGUUGGCUUAGCCGGGCUCGCGAGAAAAUACCAUCUAUGAAACAGAGAUCACUUAGUGAUAAGCUAGCGAUCGAGAGUGCAGUGGUACCGCUCGAGAGUUUGUUGAAUAAGAAAGCUCAAGGUGAAUUGUUAGUGGAACAUUUGCAGCAUACUGGAAACGUUGUUUGCGCCAGUACUAGUCCCAUCGGACAAGAAGUUAUCAGAAACGAAAUAAGAGCACUCACAGAAAGUUUCGAAGGAUUGUUCAAAGAGAUUCAACAACAGAAGAAUCAAUUGGAGGCUACUGUGAGUCAAUGGCGCGAUUAUAAAGAUGAAUACGAGAGACUCAGCGACUGGUUGCAACAGUUUGACAUUCUCAUCAAAGCUCAAAAAAAUGCUCUUUUGCCGAAUCUGAAAGAAAAGGAGAAACAGGUGAAAGAAGUGAAGGAAUUGCUCGAUAACUUAAUAAAGGGCCAAGAGCAGAUUGAUAAAUUCAACAAAACGGCUGCCGGUCUACUUUCGUCUCACUUGGAUACUUACGUCAACAAUCAGCUGCGACAUUUGAAUUCACGUUACCAGGUGCAAGUGAAUCUCGCAAAAGAUGUAUUAAACAAAGUUGAGACCAAUCUAACUCAACAUCGAGAAUAUGAGAGCAAUCUUGAGAAAGCCCGUGACUGGAUCGAGAAUGCCAAGCAAAUUAUACGUCAAGGAACAGAAGCUGCCUCAAGUAGCAGUCGCGAAGAACUACAGAAUAGACUUGAUAAAAUCCAGGAAUUAUUAAGAAAACGUGAGGAAGGUCAGAACCUGAUACAUCUUACUGUAAAUUGCGGCGAGAAAGUCAUGAGAAACACGCGAUCGGAUGGUCGUGAGGAGAUCAACGCUCAGUUGAAAGAAAUUCAAAACGAUUGGGAGCGCCUGGUAAAAAAGAUCUCAACCACAAAAGUACAUCUCGAGACGAGUCUGUUGCAAUGGGCGGAUUACAGUUCGUCGUAUUCGCAGUUGCAGCAGUGGAUUAGCGAUCGCGAGGCUAAGCUACAGCAGGUGUGCGAACAAAAAGUUUCCAAAGCUCGAAAAGGCUUAGUUGGAUUGAGCUCUUUGGCAAUUGGAGAAAGAAAGGCAAACUUACGACAAACUAACAGCAUUGUACAGGAUAUCGUGGCGUUUGAACCAAUGAUUCAAUCAGUCACUACAAAGGCCGAAGACUUACAACAAGCGACGCCGGCCACGGAGAUCUCGAUUAAAUAUGAGACUCUGAGCAAACAAGCUCAAGAAUUAUAUGCAAAGCAAAAGGAGACUGUCGAACAGCAUCAGGCCUUCAUCGAUAGUGGUAAUGAAUUUGUUCAAUGGAUACGAGCAGCCAAAGAGAGACUCGGUAAAUGCUCGGAGCCUACGGGAGACAAGGAAUCUUUGGCCAGCAAAAUCACACAGCUUAAGGUUUUACAGAGUGAAUUGUCUGAAGGUCAGAAGAAGCUGGAGAAAGCUUUGGAACAAGGCAACGCCGCCUGUCAGAUCGCAGACGAUGAAGACAAAGAAAUAAUCGAAGAAGAAGUGGCGCUAUUACAAGAAGAAUACGACAAUUAUGUAGACUCGCUAAAUAACACAAAGAGUUUGCUCGAAGUCGGCAUAGUGAAGUGGACUGAAUACGAGGAUCAAUUUUCCGAAGCUACAGAAUGGCUUACGCAAACCGAACAAUUAGUUCAAACGUUUAAUAAAUUGCAAGAUAGUCUGGAAGAGAAGAAAAACGUUCUUGAACAAUUCCAGAUUCAUUUGCAAACAUUGUUUGAUUGGCAAAAGGAGCUAGACCGUUUGAACAUGAAAGCUCAGAUGUUGCUGGAAACAUGUGCCGACACGAGAAUUUCUAAUGCAAUAACGCAACUCACUACCAAAUACAAUGCACUGCUAUCUCUGGCUAAAGAAAUAAUGCGACGAUUAGAAUUACAUUAUCAGGAACAUCAACAACACAAUACUUUAUACCAAGAGUGUCAAGAUUGGAUCGAGCGCACACGAGACAAGUUGAGCGAGUGUAAAGAUAUUCCCAGUACAUUAAUCGAAGUUAACAAUAAGUUACACACGUGUAAAGCUAUUCGACAGACGUUGGAGCAAGGUCAGAACAAAUUACGUUACGCUCUGGAAUUGAAAGAAAAAGUUAUUAUGAACACGGAACAAAACGGUGCAGCAAAGAUUCAAGAAGACACCGAAAACUUAAAAAGCGAAUUUGAUAAGCUAUUAGUCGACGUCGAAGAUGUGAGACAAAGACUGUCAGCAAGAGCAAGUAUGUUGGAGGAGCUCAACAAAAUUCACCGACUUAUUUCGGAUUGGUUGGAGGAAGUUGAAGGCAAGAUCCAACCAGGAGACGUAUGCAGAAACGAUCUCAGUGAGAAACGCGCUCUGUUAGAAAAAUAUAAGAUCUUGCAAAAAGAUAUUUAUGGUCAUGGCGAAACGGUGGAUCGCUUGAAGACUCGUCUUACUGAAAAUCCCAGCAUAUCGAAAAAUCCGUACGAACUGACAAUCAAUAAAUAUGACAGUUCGAAGAAAUUAAUUUCUGAAAAAAUUCAUAAUUUGGAAGACCAAGUCAAAGAUCACGAAAAAUUCCAACAAGCUCUGAACGAGGCAGGUGACUGUGUGCGUCAUACAAAAGUCGAACUUCAACAAUAUAGUGAUACUCAUGGCGAAAAGGAACGAAUUAUCGAACGAGAGAAUAAAGUCAAUCAAAUCAUCUCGUCCUUGCCAAAAGGCGACACGUUGAUCUCGAAAGUGAUCGAGCUGAGUGACGUUGUGAUAUCUAAGACGGGACCCGAAGGCCAAGAUUCCAUUAAGCAAGACAUGAAACAAAUACAGGCCGAUUGGAAAUCCUUGCAAGCACAAUGCCACGAUUCGCAACGAACUCUUGCCAACUGCAUCUCAAGCUGGUCCCAGUUCACGAAUACGUUAGAUGGCAUGAAGCGAUGGAUAGACCACUUCCAAAAGAAGAUUGCAGACGAACAGACUAAAGAUAACAAAACUCCAGAGGAUUUAGAACGUUGUAAAUAUUUGGUGGAAGAGGCAAUUAAACAAAAACCAGUUCUGGAAGACUUGAAUGACAAAUGUGAAGCUUUAUUGGAGAUUAGCGCUUGCAGCUGGGCGCGAGAUAAGACGGUACAAUUGCAGUCAGCGUACACAUCGUUAUUGACCGACGCGCAAGGACUCGUCUCCAAAGUCGAGAAGAAUCUCGCCGAUCAUACCGAAUUCUUAAAAGCCAAAAAGGAAAUGGAGGAUUGGUUACGCACUGCUCAAGGCUCGGUAGAAGAUUGUAUCGGUGUGGGAGAUACGGCUUGGGCAAAGGAUAAAUUAGAAACCUUGAGGCUGGUGGCGACACGCGUGACGGAAGGUCAACAUCUACUAUCGACAUUACAGAAUGCUUUUGCAAAAGCAAUUAACAUGGCUCUUCCUGAACAACAAGAUCAGUUACGAUCGGAUAUGGCCAAUCUACGUUCGAAUUGGGAACAAUUAAGCAUAGACCUCAAUACGGUUCAAGCUAAAGUAAAGUCGGUUUUGAGUCGCUGGGAGGAUCACGCGGAAGCGCAUAAUAAAUUUGCAAAAUGGUUAGAAGAGAACGAAGGAGUCGUUAAAGGGUCUCCGGAUACAAAGGGCGAGUUUGGUGAGAUGAAAACAAUGCUCGAGCGAUACAAACACAUUCAAGAGGAAAUUCACGAUAGAAAAUCCGACUUAGAUCAUCUUAUGACGGAAGCAACGGAACUGUCAGCGUGGGCGAAAAAUAACACGACGCUAAACGAAACGAAACAUUUAUUAGACCGAUGGAAGGCGCUAGCCGAACUUGUCGGCGAGAAGAAAAAGUUUAUGGAAAAUGAGAUGCAAGAGUACAAUGCGUAUCAUGCUGCUUUACAAGAAACAGAAAAAUGGCUAUUGCAAAUUUCUUUCCAACUAAUGGCACACAAUUCUCUCUAUAUUACCAACAAAGAACAAACGAUCGAACAAAUCAAACAGCAUGAAGCAUUGUUAGCUGAAAUUCAGAAAUAUCAAGAAAUAUUAGACGAACUAAAAUUAAAGGGUCACGGUCAAAUAGAUAGAUAUGUCGGUGCGAAUCCUACUAUUAGAUCAACUAUAGAGACGCAAUUGCAAAAUGUUCAAGAUAGUUACAAUUCGUUGUUGAACACCGCCCUGCAAAUCAAGAAUAGAUUGACGGAGUCUUUGACUAAGUUUCAGGAAUACGAGAAUACUCUGGAGAGUAUCAUGAAGAAUCUAGAUAUGUACGAGACGGAAAUGACUCAAGGAUUGGAGGUUCCAUUGAAUAACUUAACUUCCGCUGAGCAGAGCCUCGAGAGUGCUCGAACUCUACACAACAAGCUGCAAGCCGAAAAAGCUCGAUUGGCAUUAGCGGUGGAAGCUUGCGAAGCUGCGGCGGCAUGCGUCUCUAGACCCGGAAGUCCACUUGAUGCUCCACCUAUUCAAGUCCCCGCGAGAGAAGUCGAAGUCAGAACAAGACUAGAUGAUCUCAUUGACCAGAUGCAAACGCAUUUGGCAAAUGUGAUGAAAACGGUGGGUGAACUAGAGGAGCAAUUGAGACAAAAGAAUUCGCUUCGUGCUUGGAUUAAUCAGCAACGGGCCCUCUGCGCUGAAUGGAAGUCACGACCAGCGAAACUGCGAGAGGAGGCUGCCCAGGCCGAGUUGCAGGCAAUGAACGAAUUGCUUACCAAUGUAGGCGAACGUCGCACUCGCGCAUUGAUGGAAUUGUCGAUCCAAGAAGAGGAUCAUGAUAUUGAGGAAGGAUUGAACAAACUGGAAACUGAGCUGACUGAAGCUAUCGCUGGAAAACAAGCAGCUCAAGAUCUCAUCCAGAAAUACAGAUCACAAGUACAGGACAUUCAAACAUGGUUCGAUAGCCUAUCGAAGAAAGUCGACAUGAUUGAGAAGGGUAGUGGAUUGACUAUCGGUCAAAAAAUUUCAAAUCUCAAGGACAUUACAACCGAAUUUGAAUCUCAGGGAACAGAGAAAUUGGCAGAGAUAAAGAAACUAGGUGACCAAGUGAUGGACUCGGUCAGCAAUCUAGAUUCUCAACAAAUAGAAGAGCAAAUCAAGUCGAUAGAGAGACGAUACGCGGACAUUGGUAAGAAGUUACAAAGAAAAGCACAGGUCUUAGAGAUGACGGCACAAGGCAUCGAAGCAACUAGGCGAGAAAUCGAAGAGAAUCGAGAGUGGAUUAAGGAGAAAAAACAACAAGUAAAGAUGCCUGAAUUGUUUGGCUUCGAAAGCAAACAGGCAGAAGAAAGGCUUCUCACUCUCAAGGCUAUGUUGAAAGAAGCAGAUGGAAAGCAAUUGAUUAUAGAUACAUUGGAAAAGCGAGUUGGAAAUAUGCAGAAUGAACUGGAAACCAGCGAGCAGCAGCAAUUAGAAGCUGACACGAGAUCUUUGCGCGGCGAACAGGUUGAAUUAUGCGCCAUUUUGAGGGAAGAAAUAUCCGUCGCAAGUGCGGCAGCUGAUGCACGUCGCAAAUUAGAGACUGAUAUUAAAAAAGCACGAAAUUGGAUAAAGUCCAAAGGCAACGAUUUAAAGAAACUCAGCGGAUAUCUGCCUUUGAGAGCUUCGAAAGUUGAGCAAGAUAUUGCGCAACACAGCGGAUUGGAAGCAGAUAUCGACUCCUUUAACGAAAGCCUUAAAGAUAUUCUUAAACAGGGGCACAGUUUGCUGAAAGAUUGUAAUGCAGACAGUCGUGCCAAACUCCAGGCCCUUCUGGACGAUCUAAGUAAGGAUUACGAGGAGUUGAAGAAGGAGGCGAAAGAAAAACAAGCUUCGUUAGCAGAUCUUCUUCAGGGACGCAAGGCUUUUGAAAGUGAAUUAGACAAGUGUCAACGAUGGAUUAAGGAAGCUGAAGUGGCUACCUCUUCCGAGUUGCGACCUUCCAGUCUUGACAUUCUUCGUGAACAACUUGCUAAGUACGAUCGAUUGAAGAAAGAGGCGCAAGAAUAUGGUGAUGACAUAGAAAAAAUAAAUCAACAAGGAAAAUCAAUUUUACCGACUGUGAGUGACGCCGAUAAGCAACAAUUGAGCGAACAGUUGAAAAAUAUGAAAGAAGCACACGGACGAGUGGCCGGUGUGAUAAAUGAGAGAGCAAUCGCACUCCAAAAGAGUAUAGAUGAAGCUGAAGAAGCAGCCGCGCGAGUGGCGGAGGCAAUUCAAUUCAUGACAGACAUUCAGAAAGAACUUCAUGAUCUGAAUAAGCCGAUCGGUGCUCGUGUGGAAGAUGUGGAAGGAAUGUUGGCCGCUUAUGAAAGAAUUUUGGACGAUCUCAAAACAAAUAAAGCUAAAUUAUCUGAUCUUCAAUCUGCUAAUAUAGGAGAUCUACAUGGCGUUCUAGCCCAACAAGAUGAUUUAAUAAGAAUUCUCGAAGCACAAAUAGCGAAACUUCGUCAGUUGCUAUUAUUACGUCAACAAUUUAUCGCUUUGAUCGCAGAGAUUACUACUUUCAUUGCCAAGUAUACUGAAAUUGUUCGGGAUAUUGAGAAAUCUGGGCAAACAACGGAAGAGAAAAUUAAAAGGUACGACGACGCUAUAUUAAAAAUUCAGGAAUGCGAAGCUACUCUCGCUAGUGCGACGGACAAAGGACAGCAAAUAGCGGCGGAAGGUUCGGUUGUAGAUAGGAAUAAUGUGACGGAACAACUGCAAUCGUUGAAACAGCAAUUACAAGCUCUCCGAAGGGCAGUAGAAACUCAAAGAGAGCAACACGAACUGGCGGCAGCUGAGCAUAGAAGACUCGCUAGUGAAUUGGCAGACAUUCUUGACUGGCUUGAGAACAAAGAGAAGGAAGUUAAGUCUAGGCCACUGUUGGAAAGAGAUCCGGCGAGCGUCGAGGCGGAAUUAAAGAAACAUCAUGUCCUUUGCGCUGAUGUAAACGAAUAUCUAGAUAGAAUCAGAAAUCUAAAGGAAUCACUGCGACAUGAAGAAGGAAUGCCUGGAUCUUUAAAGGAGAUGCUAAGCGAAGCAGUUUCCUUGUUGACAUCUUUACCGCGAGAGAUGGAAGAGCGUGGAAAUUAUUUCGAGAGUAAUAUGCAAAUGAGAUUGGAUUACGCAGCUCUUACAGACAAGCUUCACAGCUGGGCUCGUGAAGCUGAGAUUCGACUUGAGAGCAAUAAAGAGGGACUCGAUUUUGAAAACAUUUUUAGCGAUCUGGAAGAACACAAGAUAUAUUUCAGCUCCGAAUCUUCGAUACGCGAACUCGUGUCACAACAAAUUCAACAGGUGGCAGAUAAAAUCUGGCCGUCUUUGGAUAGUUAUGAGCAGGAGGAACUAAGUGCUCAACAACAGCAGCAUACUCAAUUGUUAAAGAACACCCUCAAUACGGCUAAAUCGCAACGUUCACGGUUGGAACAGGGUGCAGAGAUGUGGAGAGAUUAUACACAGAGUUUGGAACGUGUUCGCGCCGUUAUCAGCAGAACUAGAUUCACGGAUGAACCGGUCACAACAUUAGCUGGAUUGCAAUUCAAUAUUCAGAAAAUCACGCAUGCCCUGAAUGACAUCCAGAAUCAACAAUUCGAGUUGGAUCUUUUAAAUGAACGUGGACAAGAAGUCCUCCGACUCGCAGAUAUUAACAACAAAAAAGCGAUAGAAUCGCAGCUCUCUGAGAUCAAUUCGGAAUGGCGGGAAUUAGUUUCGGGACUCGAAGGACGUAGGGAUGCACUCGAGGCAUUAUCGCGACAUUGGGAAGACUUGGAAGCGCAAUGGGCUCUCAUCGAAUCACGGUUGACCGCAACUGAGGAAAAAAAUAAACUCGUCGAUACAGUGGUGCGAUCGAAACAACAUUUACACGAUACUGUUAAAGUAUUAGAAGAACUCGUAACGGAAGCUGAAAAACUUAAACCUGAAACGGAAGAAGUGAAGAGCUUGGUAGGACCUGUACUCGCAUAUCUCGCAGCGUUUACGCAAGCACCGGCACGAAACCUUGAGGAACGUCUUGAGAAACUACAAAAAUCCGUCGAAUCACUCGUCGACUCUCUUCGUGGGAAGUCCGAGAAGGCGAGCGAGGAUCUGGAGGCGCUCGAAAACAUCGAACGUGAGAUCGAGCGCCUGCGAAAGCGACUAAACGAGGCGCGCGAAAGCGCGUCGAAUUUAUACGUUUACGACGUUGAUCAAGACGCGACCGAGAUCGAACUAAGAGAGCUGAACUCACAGGUUGAGGAUCUCGUCGACACCGCCAAGAACUUCUCAGGAAGCAUUAAGGCGCGGUACCAAGCUAGCCAGCAGCUAGUACCAAGUGACAUUACCCAGCAUCUGACCGCACUCGAGCUUUGUGCCGAAGCAACGACACAAACAAUGGAGGAAAAACAGAGAGAGCAGAAACGUGCUAGGACCGUCAGAUCGGAUUAUCUAACUGACGUGGACGAGGUGCAAGCAUGGAUUCGACAAGCCGAGCUCAAGGUACAGGACAGAUCGAUCGAGCCGGCCAUCCUCAGGGAAAACCUUAGACAGAUACAAAACGAACUGGGCACGAUUAGCGAUAAGCUCGAACGACUGACGAGGAAUGGGCAAACCAUCGUCAAGAAUACGAGAGACGAUGCCGAGAAGGAGCUGAUCAAUAGCACGAUCGAUAAUCUUACUGAACAACUGGCGCAGAUCAAGAGCUGGUUGGAAGAGAAGAAACAAAUCGUAGGCGACACUCUAGAUGCCUGGCAGAGAUUCCUCGCGCUUUAUGAGGCUGUCAAGACAUGGACAGAGGAAAAAAGACAAUUCCUAGUCGAACCACUGAAGCUGAGCACUCUUCAGCAAGCCAGACAGAGAUUGCACGAAUAUUCGACAGCAGUCAAGAGCUGCAAGCAGGUGAAUAAGAAUCUUAGUGACAUGGGCAAAGAAUUGGAGAAUAUCGGUCAGGUAACUACCGUGGCGGACCUACCAGAGAAGUUGGCCGAGGCGGAAGAGGGCAAGGUUCAGGUCGAGGGUCAGCUAUUGGAAAGGAAUGCAUUACUGCAAGAGGCCAGUGAAGAAUGGGAGCAAUGCGAGAGGAAGAUGAAGGACGUGCGGAGCUGGAUGGAGAAAGCCAAGCAGACGCUGGAGUUGCCACAGAAUAAGAAGAAACCGCUGCGCGAUCAACAUGCUAUUCGUGAGAAAAUGCUUAGCGACAUCGCGAUUCAAAAAACAAAGAUCACGAUCUCCGUGGAAAAGCUCGAGGUGCACUUUAGGUCCGGUAUCGUUGGCGACAAUCGGGUGAAAGAUACUGCCGAUGAUCUGAUCACCGAACUUAACUCUCUUCACAGCACCGUUAAAGAACAGACAACUUCUCUAGAAGUUUGCUUAGCGCAGAUAGAUCAGUAUCAACAGGAAAUUCAACAGUUGAGACAACACAUUGUGCAGGUGGAGCAGCAAUUGAGGACGGUACUCAGCCCGACGUAUAUGCCGAAUGAUCGAGAAAAAGCUCUUCAAGAGCAACAGAUUUAUCGCGAGAAAAUCAAAUCCUUGCAAAGUAAAAUCCAGGCGCGCACCGAGAGAUCUAAACUACUCGUACAACGAGGCACACCAGACUUAGAGCCCUUGGACCCAUGACAAUAGAGACCUACCCCCGUUGAACAAAUCCGGCUUUCGUCGUCGUUAUUCACUUCAUGAAUAAGUUAUUUUUCUCAUCUGUUUUCGGUUCUAUAAUUCUUAUUCGCUAUUGUCAAUGAAUAACGACGAUGAUAGCCGCCUCGUGUCAAAUUACACAUGCAAAACCUGAUUGAAGGAAACAUUAACGAUAAAGGCGAGAUAGAAUAAAUAUAAAAUGAAAUCCACUGUCUCACCUUCAUCGUCAACGUUUUUCGAUAAGAUCAAACGACUUAGUUUAGUACCACGUAAUUUUUCUAAGUAAAUUUUUAUCGAACAUUGAUUUUCUAAUAGAUAUCACUCUACGAGAUUAUAGAUGUGAUUAUAUUACCAUAUAUGAGCGCGCGUCUCUUGACCUAAAUAUCUGUGCUUAAAUAGCCAUACGAUGUGAUUGAAUAAGGAAAAUAAAAAAUUCGUUUACUGUCAA